AUGUUUCCCUGGGCCCUCUGCUACCUCUCGGGGCCCCACCAGAAGAUAUUUCGGUACCGUGAGGCUGUGAGGGGCUUCAUCCGCCAUGAAAUCAUCAGACACAAGCUCAGGGCCCCGGAGGCCCCCAAGGACUUCCUCAGCUGCUACCUGUCACAGAUCACCAAGACCAUGGAUGACCCCGUCUCCACGUUCAACGAGGAGAACCUGAUACAAGUGGUGAUUGACCUGUUUCUGGGAGGCACCGACACCACGGCCACCACACUGCACUGGGCACUCAUAUACCUGGUCCAUCACAGAGUCAUCCAGGAGAGAGUGCAGCAGGAGCUGGACGAGGUGCUGGGCGCUUCGCAGGCCAUCAGCUAUGAGGAUCGAGAGCGACUGCCCUACACCCGCGCUGUCCUCCACGAGGUGCAGCGACUUAGCAGUGUUGUGGCUGUGGGUGCUGUGCGCCAGUGUGUGACUUCCACCUGGGUACACGGCUACUAUGUGCCCAAGGGGACCAUCAUCUUGCCUAAUUUGGCCUCUGUGCUAUAUGACCCCGAGUGCUGGGAGACCCCUCAGCAAUUCAACCCUGGCCACUUCCUCGACAAGGAUGGAAACUUUGUGACCAAUGAGGCCUUCCUGCCCUUCUCUGCAGGGCAUCGGGUGUGUCCUGGAGAGCAGCUUGCUCGAAUGGAGCUCUUCCUGAUGUUUGCCACCCUCCUCAGGACCUUCCAGUUUCAGCUACCAGAAGGGAGCCAGGGCCUCAGACUGGACUAUGUCUUUGGGGGGACACUGCAGCCUCAACCCCAGAAGAUUUGCGCAGUGCUUCGCCUGAGCAGCCUCCCUAGGGAGGAGGGUCCAUAG